GGGAGCGCGCGGCGGAGCCUCCCCGCGGUCUCGCGCUGCCUGGCGGGGCUCUUGUCAGUUAGCAACAAAAUGGCCGCGGUGGCAGCAGCUCUGCUCCUGAGGACGGCGGCGGUGGCGGCGGCGUCCGUGGCGGUGGCGGUAGCGGCGGCGGCAGCGGCGACGCGGAGGAGCGGGGGACCGGCCUGGCAGCACUGAGCCCGGCACCGCCUGCCUGCGAGCGGACGAGGCGAGAGAGCGACCGGGAGAAGCGGAGAGAGGCGCUGCGGGCCCCCCCCCCCCGCCCCAGCCUCCGCCAGCAAGCCCGGCUGACUGACCGACUCUGCCCGAGGCGCUGCUGCAGCCCCCUGGGGAGACGCUGCCGCCUCGGCCCCCGGCCUCCCCCACUCCCCGCCUUCCCCCGGGGGCACGGGCGCCCGGGUCCCUGCCUCCCGGCGAGGGGCUCCGCUGCCGCAGCCUCCCGCCGCCCUUCCCCCCCCUGCCGUCCGAUCCCUCCGGAGGAGACGGAGAGAGCCCGCGGGAUCUCUCUUCUCCUGCCCCCGGAUCCCCUGUGCGAGCGAGGCAGACAGACUGUUGGGUUUCCCCACUCCCCCCGUCGCGUCCCCCCCUCCCUCUGUGAAAGACUUUGCUGGAUCCUCCUACUCGGAUCCCCUCCCCGCGCUCGCUCCUUCCUGCGAGAGAGGCUGCUGGAUCCUCCUCCCGCCGGAGAGGCUGCUGGAUCGCUCUGCCGGGGUCCCUGCCAGAGAGACGCGGAUCCUCCUCCCCUGAGAGACUGCUGCGGAUCCUCCGCCCCUCCUCGGAUCUCCCUGGAGCGAGAGACUCGGCGGGAUCCUCCUCCUACCCGGAGCCUCAUGUGAGACUCCGGAUCCCCCCGUGGCUCCGUGGUUUGUUUGGGUUUUUGUUGUGUUUUGUUUUUUUUUUUCUUUUUUUGAAGGGGGGGGAUCCAUCUUAAAAACUAUUUUCUGGGUCCCAGUUUCUCUUUUUAAUUUGCACUUUUUAAAACCCCCUCAGAUGCUCCUCCAUGUGGACUGAGAACCCAUCAAGACACACACACGAGAACUCAUCCCGAUCAACUCCAAAUCCUGGCUUUCGUGGGUUUUGCUGCAACACAUAAAAGCAAACUUGUACUUAAGACACACUCGUGCAGAAAUUUAGCUGGGGACCUUAAGGUGUAUUUUGUCUUGGUUUCUUGGUCUUGUUUUGGUUUUGUUUUUUGGUUUUUUUUGCUUCACUGGAAAUCAAAAGCUUGUUUUGGAAUUGGACCUGCCUUUGCUGCACUUCACCUCUGGGCUGGAUAACACUGAAGCUCUUUGCUUUUCUACUUGGAUAGUGUUUUCCUGUUGAUCUGUUGGUUUUUUUUCUUCUGUGUGGCAGACUUUUUUUUUUUUUGAAGGGGGGGUAAACAAACGACAACAAAAAAAACACUUAAUUUUUUUGGCCGUGUGAGAUUUUUUCGUAUUCAGAUUUGUGAAAUUACGGGUACACUUACAAAAAAAAGAAAAGAAGCAUUAAAAUAAGAAAGGAACACGUCAGAAAGACCCUUACACGGUAGACAAAAUACUCACUUGUUUCCUUACAGCAAGACUGAAUCGAAAGCUGCCAAAGAGCCCCAUAAAGAAAAGACUAAAAGGUAAGAAGGGGUAAUAGCCUCUCUUAAUCUGGGCAUGGUAGAAGUCAGCAGUGGGAGAGACCUGCUAAGCCAGUGCAUACCUCCUUUUCUCACAAGUCUAUACCAGAUUAUUAUCAUUUUUUUUACUGCUUAUUAGUCAAUGAAGCAAGUAACACCCCAAAAUACUUGAAAAUACAUUUAUUGUUAUCAUAUUUUUUUUUUUUUUGCUUUAAACAACUUGGGGAAAUACUUUUUUACACACUAAAAUUAAUUCAGUAUUUUUCUAUGUGCGUUUUCCCAGUUCAAAUAGCUGUUGGGAACAAAAUAGCAAACAGAAGUGCCAUUUGCGAGUACGUUGUGCCACUUAGACAUUCCAACCGCUUCUGUUGCAGACAUGACCGUGUUGCACUUGCUUUGUAACUUAGACGUGUGAAAAUUAUUGCAAAGCUUUUGGAAAUGAUCCCAAGCCUGGAAAAGGAGCAGUGUGGGUAUGGUCAGCAGUGCUGCUCUGGUGGGGAGAAAGAACAAGAAACACAAGAAGAGGAACAUUUGAUGGAAGAAAAGAAAAAGAAAAAGCAGGAAGAAAAGAAAAAGAAGGAAGGUGCUCAGAAAAAGGCUGCUGAACAAAAAACCAAAGUGCCAGAACCUAUUAAGACCAGUUUAAGCCAGCCCCAACCUGCCGGUACCGGUACCAGUACUUCCACCAGCACUAUUACCAACAGCAGCAAUGGCAAGCGUGCGUCUGCUAAUGGGCAGCAGCCAGCCGCGUCCCGUUACCUGCCUCGUGAGGUGCCUCCACGCUUCCGCCAGCAAGAACAGAAGCAGCUCCUAAAGCGGGGUCAGCCACUGCCUACGGGGACUCUGACCGGCACCAGCCCAGCACAAGGUACUGGACAAGCAGGGGCGAGUCCUCCUCCCCAGCAAGGAGCAGGUGGGCAGCAUCAUCCCAGUAAGACCCCAACAGAUCUCAGCCACAGUGGAUUGGGAGACCAUUAUGAGAAUUCCCACUGGGGACAGCAGCCCGCUUUCAGGAGUGAAGGCAACUGCAGCUGGGAUAAAGUGAUAAUAGACAGGACUGACAAGGAAGCGUGGCCUUCCAUUACCGGAGCUGAGACUGAGUCUGCCUCAGAAUGUACUACAGACACUGACUCUGCCUCCAACUGUGGCUCAGAGAACAGUAGCAUGGCUACAGGGAGUGCCCAAGGCAACUUCACUGGACAUACAAAGAAAACUAAUGGCAAUAAUGGCGCCAACGGAGCACUCGUCCAAAGCACUUCUAACCAGAGUGCCCUUGGAGCUGGUGGAGCAAACGGUAACGGCAACUCGGCCAGAGUGUGGGGAGUGGCUGCGGGCUCCAGCUCUGGCCUAGCUCACUGCUCUGCCAGCGGUGGGGAUGGAAAGAUGGACAACAUGAUGGGAGAUGGUAGAAGUCAGAACUGCUGGGGUGCUUCCAACUCGAAUGCUGGCAUUAAUCUUAACCUUAACCCUAAUGCCAAUCCAGCUGCCUGGCCUGUACUUGGACAUGAAGGAACUGUGGGAGCAGGCAACCCUUCCAGUAUUUGCAGUCCAGUCAGUGCCAUAGGUCAGAACAUGGGCAACCAGAAUGGGAACCCAACAGGCACCUUAGGUGCUUGGGGAAACUUGCUGCCGCAAGAGAGCACAGAACCACAAACGUCCACUUCUCAGAAUGUGUCUUUCAGCGUACAACCUCAGAACCUUAACACUGAUGGACCAAAUAACACUAACCCCAUGAACUCUUCACCAAACCCUAUCAAUGCAAUGCAGACAAAUGGACUGCCGAACUGGGGGAUGGCUGUUGGUAUGGGGGCCAUCAUCCCGCCCCACCUGCAAGGCCUUCCUGGUGCUAACGGAACAUCAGUUUCUCAAGUCAGCGGGGGCAGUGGUGAAGGAAUAGGCAGUUCAGUGUGGGGGAUGUCCCCAGGUAAUCCUGCCACAGGAAACAGCAAUUCUGGGUUCAGUCAGGGGAAUGGAGACACUGUGAACUCAGCAUUAAGUGCUAAACAAAAUGGAUCCAGCAGUGCUGCGCAAAAGGAAGGAAAUGGAGCGAGCGCGUGGGAUUCGGGGCCUCCCUCUGGUCCUGGGGUACUGGCGUGGGGCAGGGGCGGUGGCAACGGCGGUGUUGGUAGCAUGCAUUCUGGAGCUUGGGGCCACCCCAACCGUAACACCAGUAACGGUGUGAACGGUGACUGGGGCAAGCCCCCAAACCAGCAUUCCAAUAGCGACAUCAAUGGGAAAGGAUCAGCAGGGUGGGAUAGCUCUAGUGUUACCAGUCCGAAUCCUGCCAUGCAGCAGGGCAAUGAACAAAUAAACUCUUGGGCCAAAGCUGCAGCAUCUGGCACCACAGCUAGCGAAGGAAGUAACGACAGCAGUGGGAGUCAAAACGAAGGCAGUACUGGGAGGGAGGGGGCUGGAGAGGGCAGGAGGAGAGACAAAGGGAUGAUAGACCAAGGGCAAGUUCAGUUGCCAAGAAAUGACCUUGACCCCAGGGUCCUGUCCAAUACGGGGUGGGGACAGACCCCUGUCAAGCAAAACACUGCCUGGGAAUUUGAAGAGUCCCCAAGGUCCGAACGGAAGAAUGACAAUGGAACAGAGGCCUGGGGUUGUGCAGCUACUCAAUCUUCAAACUCAGGGGGGAAGAACGAUGGGUCCAUCAUGAACAGUACAAAUACCUCUUCAGUAUCUGGGUGGGUCAACUCUCCACCGGCAGCUGUUCCAACAAAUACAGGUUGGGGAGACAAUAACAACAAAGCACCAAAUGGCCCAGGGGGGUGGGGAGAGUCAGCAAGCUCUACUACUGUUAAUAAUGCUGCUGCUGCCAAAAGCGGCCACGCUUGGAGUGGGACCGCAAAUCAGGAGGACAAAUCACCUACCUGGGGUGAACCUCAGAAACCCAAAUCUCAAAACUGGGGAGAUGGACAGAAAUCAAAUCCAAGCUGGACUUCAGGAGGUGGAGAUUGGACAGAUUCAUCAUCUGUUCCUGGACACUUGGGUGAUGGGAAGAAGAAUGGAUCUGGAUGGGAUUCUGACAAUAGAUCAGGGUCUGGUUGGAACGAUUCCACGAGGUCUGGGACCAGUGGUUGGGGAAAUGGCACAAACAGCAAGGCUAAUACAGGUACAAGUUGGGGGGAAUCUUUAAAGCCAAGCCCCCAACAAAAUUGGGCUAAUAAACCCCAGGACAACAAUGUGAGUAACUGGGGAGGAGCUGCUUCUGUAAAACAGACGGGGUCAGGGUGGGUUGGUGGGCCAGUGCCAGCCAAACAAAAAGAGAACUGUGAGGCAACUGGCUGGGAAGAGCCAUCUCCACCGUCCAUUCGCCGCAAGAUGGAAAUUGAUGAUGGUACCUCAGCUUGGGGCGACCCAAAUUACAACAACAACAAGACUGUAAACAUGUGGGAUAGAAAUAAUCCUAUAAUUCAGAGCAGUACCACAACCAAUACCACCACCACUAGCACCAUUAUCAACACAAAUAUGGUUGAACCUCAGCCAUCGCACCAGUCAAGUGCCCAGCCGAACCGGUCCCCGCUGCUUGGUCCAGGCUGGGGAGAAAUGCCUACUGUCCACACAAAGACCGAAGCUUCUUGGGGAGAGCCGUCGUCUCCUUCUGCUGCAGUUGAUAAUGGCACUUCAGCGUGGGGGAAACCCCCCAGCAGUGGUACAGGGUGGGGAGAUAAUCCUGCCGAGUCGGCAGGGACAUACGGAAGAACAAAUGCUCCAGCUGCUGCCCCAGCACUGUGCAAACCAGCUUCAAAAUCUAUGCAAGAAGGCUGGGGCAGUGGUGGGGAUGAAGUGAAUCUCAAUACUAGUCAGUGGGAAGAUGAGGAAGGAGAUAUGUGGAAUAAUACUGCUUCACAAGAGAGCAGCUCCUCCUGUAAUUCCUGGGGGAAUGCCCCGAAGAAAGGACUUCAAAAGCCCAAAACAAAUCCACGCUUGUCCCUUGGUACUUUCUGGAGAACUGAAAGGAAGAGACUUCUUAAGGAUUUUGUGAUAGAAAAGCUGCACAGAGAUCUUUUAAAGGGCAUGAAGACAUCUAGCAAGCAAGAUGAGGCCUGGAUCAUGAACCGUCUGAUAAAACAGCUCACAGACAUGGGCUUCCCUAGAGAGCCAGCGGAAGAGGCCUUGAAGAGCAACAAUAUGAAUCUCGAUCAGGCCAUGAGUGCUCUGCUGGAAAAGAAGGUGGAAAUGGACAAGCGUGGAAUGGGAGUGACCGACUACAAUGGAAUGGUCACCAAACCCCUUGGCUGCCGCCCACCACCAAUCUCCAAAGAGUCUUCCAUGGACCGCCCCACCUUCCUUGACAAGCUCACCCUUUCUUUCUCCAAUCAGGAUGGCGGCCUAGUGGAAGAGCCCACUACUUCACCAUUUUUGCCUUCACCAAGCCUGAAGCUCCCCCUUUCAAACAGUGCACUCCCUAAUCAGACCCUGGGCGGGAUUGCCUCAGGGCUGGGCAUGCAAAACUUGAAUUCUUCUAGACAGAUACCGAGUGGCAAUCUGGGUAUGUUUGGCAAUAGCGGAGCAGCACAAGCCAGGACCAUGCAACAGCCGCAGCAACCGCCAGUGCAACCUCUUAAUUCAUCCCAGCCUAGUCUUCGUGCUCAAGUGCCUCAGUUUCUAUCCCCUCAGGUUCAAGCACAGCUUUUGCAGUUUGCAGCAAAAAACAUUGGUCUCAGCCCUGCACAGUUAACCUCGCCAAUUAAUAAUCCUCAGCAUAUGACGAUGUUGAACCAGCUCUAUCAGCUGCAGCUGGCGUACCAACGUUUACAAAUCCAGCAGCAGAUGUUACAGGCUCAGCGUAAUGUUUCCGGACCCAUGAGACAACAGGAGCAGCAAGUUGCACGUACAAUCAAUAACAUGCAGCAGCAGAUCCAGCAGCACCAGCGCCAGCUGGCCCAGGCCCUGCUUAUGAAGCAGCAGCCUCCCCCUCCACAUCUAUCUUUGCACCCCUCUGCAGGCAAAUCAGCCAUGGAUAGCUUUUCACCCCAUCCCCAGGCUCCCGGCCUACCUGACCUGCAGACCAAAGAGCAACAGUCUUCACCGAACACCUUUGCUCCUUACCCUCUUGCUGGACUGAACCCGAACAUGAAUGUAAAUAACAUGGACAUUACUGGUGGUUUGUCAGUGAAGGACACUUCUCAGUCCCAGUCUCGCCUUCCUCAGUGGACACACCCCAACUCAAUGGAUAAUCUGUCUAGUGCUGCUUCUUCGCUUGACCAGAACUCCAGCAAGCACGGUGCUAUACCUGGAGGUUUAAGUAUUGGUCCUCCGGGAAAGUCCUCCAUUGAUGACUCUUAUGGCCGGUAUGAUCUGAUUCAAAACAGUGAAUCGCCCGCCAGUCCGCCCGUCGCUGUUCCUCACAGCUGGUCACGUGCCAAAACCGAUAGUGAUAAAAUUUCCAAUGGCUCCAGCAUAAACUGGCCACCAGAGUUUCAUCCAGGAGUGCCAUGGAAAGGACUGCAGAAUAUCGAUCCUGAAAAUGACCCCGAUGUUACUCCUGGAAGUGUUCCAACUGGGCCGACCAUAAACACCACGAUACAGGAUGUGAAUCGCUAUCUUCUCAAGAGUGGAGGGUCAUCCCCAACAUCAUCUCAGAAUGCCACGCUGCCUUCAUCGAGUGCCUGGCCGCUUAGUGCCUCCGGCUACAGUAGCUCUUUCAGCAGCAUUGCAUCCGCACCUAGCAUUGCAGGUAAAUUGUCAGACAUCAAGUCUACGUGGUCCUCUGGCCCAAUCUCUCACACACAAGCCUCUCUAUCCCAUGAACUAUGGAAGGUACCCAGAAACACUACUGCUCCUACGAGACCGCCUCCAGGCUUAACAAACACCAAGCCAUCAUCUACGUGGGGUGCCAGUCCCCUGGGUUGGACCAGCUCUUACUCCUCUGGUUCUGCAUGGAGUACUGACAGCUCAGGGAGAACAAGCAGCUGGCUGGUUCUUCGAAACCUCACGCCCCAGAUUGAUGGUUCCACACUGCGGACACUGUGUUUGCAACAUGGCCCUCUAAUAACAUUCCACUUGAACCUGACGCAAGGGAAUGCUGUGGUCCGAUACAGCUCCAAGGAAGAAGCAGCCAAGGCCCAAAAGUCUCUGCAUAUGUGUGUCCUGGGAAACACUACCAUCCUGGCCGAGUUUGCUGGUGAAGAAGAAGUCAACCGUUUCUUAGCCCAAGGCCAGCCGCUGCCGCCCACCUCCAGCUGGCAGUCCAACACUGGAACCAACCAGACCCGCCUGGGCUCCUCGAGCAGCUCUCACGCCUUGGUGCGCAGCGACGCCGGGCACUGGAACACUCCCUGCCUGGGGGGCAAGGGGAGCAGCGACCUGCUGUGGGGUGGGGUGCCCCAGUACUCCAGCAGCCUUUGGGGACCCCCGAGCACCGACGACGGCAGAGUUAUCGGAAGCCCGACACCUUUGAAUACUCUUCUUCCGGGUGAUCUUCUCAGUGGGGAGUCCAUCUAGGAAACAAGAGAAAUAAAAUGGAAAUAACAAUCAUCAGCACUAAAGGAAAAAUAAGAAUUGUAACCCUUUCCAGUCCCGGGCUUGAUGAAGAAUCCAGCUUUAACAGAUCAGACUGGCAGCCCUUUUUAGUACCUCUGUCCAAUAUCGAAUAUGAAACUGCAGAAGUCCUUGUGAACUGUUCAUGAAACAGUAUGGGCUACUUUUGGUCAGUGUCACAUGCUAAUGACAGGUUUUAUUUUUUUCAUGGCUUUUUGUUUUAUGUUGUCUUUUUAUGUUUGUAUGGUGAUUUUAAAAACAAAGUAUAAAAGCUGCUUAGAAUAGGUCUAUCAUGAAGGGCACUUUUCAGAAUUUGGGCUGGAAAGGGUUAUUUUAUCAACUGGGGGGGACGGGGGGAAGGGGGAAAUGAAAGCCUAUUUAAAAUGAGCCUGUGACUAUUAUGCACAUUACCAGAGGCGGACCCAAUAAUCAGAAAGGGUGAAGUGUGAUAUUUACCAUUGGUACAGAAAAGUAACGGAUCGGAAUGGUAAGUCCUGACUGUACAGGUUGAGCGGGGGGGAGGGAGGGCAGGGUUGGGGUAUCUCUGUGUCCACUACUCCCAUGGAUCUGCCUAUGCACAUUACCCUUGUGUCAUUACUUUCGUCAUGUCAUUUUUUUAAUCCCAAAAAAUAUAAAAAGUAAAAAACAAAAAAAAAAACCACAAACAAAAAAAAAAACAACAAAAAAACCACAUAUCAACAUGCAAAUACUUGAAUCCAGCAGGCCAAUAACAAAAUGUGAACACUUUCUAAGUCUAAUUAUUACACUUCCAGGUCAGCAUCAGUACACAAAAAACAGGCUCUAAAAAUUUUUUUUUAAAGUUCAGACGAUAUGUUUUUGUUGGAACAGAUGUAUGUAUGUGAGCGUGCUUGUGUGUACGUGUGUGCGCGUGUAUGUGUGUGCCCAUGUGUGGUUUAACUAAAAGUGUGAAUUUUUUUCCUUUUAUUCAGUAUAUGCUUUUUAUUUGCUCAUUGGUCAAAUGUUUAAUUGUUAUUAGCUUCUAACUUUGCACUGAGUGUCCGCAGCCCUUCUUGUAGCUAAUUCUAUAAUGUUAUAAAGAAAAAAAAAGAAAAAAAAAAAAAAAAAAGAAAGAAACUGAUAGAAGGGGCCGGCGACAAUUCACGUGUAAAUGUUUACUCAAGGACUCUUAUCGCAUUUUAAAAAUUACAGUGUGUAUCUCUGGAGAAUAAUAUGUAUAUCUACCUUUAGCGGCUUUUUAUUGUGGACUAAUGCAAGAAAAUUAUUACCGGAGUAUUGCACCAUUUUUCCAUUCGGAAUAUAAAGUUUAAAAAAAAAAAAUAAACUCUUGUUGAACUGUGGCCAUAGAUAAUUGUAAAGAGCGGAUAGUUCCCUUGCAAGCAGGAACAGAAACAAGCACUUGGACAUAGGUUUUGACUGCUUUUGGAGGAGCCAGGAGUUUUGGCUCCCACCUGUUUACAGACCUUUUUUUCUCCUUCAAACUUUAAAAUAAAAAAAGGAAUUAAAAAAAAAAAAAGACAAAAAAAAAAAAAA